UAAACAUAGAACACCGUUUAGAUUCAUUAAUUAUUGGCACAUCGUUUAAACGUUGAUCACAAGGAUGCCUGGCCUCUUUUGCUGCUCAUCGAUACAGCCGUAUCGCCCCAAACGGCUUGACCAUGAACAGAAAUUCGACAAGUUCAUGCAAUGGGCAAAGUCCACCACUGCAGAGCCCAACGAUGACCCUUCGUUUAUAGUCGAUGCAGAUUAUGUGGUCCAGCUUGUCAGGCAAGUCAAUUACGGGCCGCAAGAGUCAGUCAGAUAUUUUAUUACAGUCAACGAUGGCAUCGAAUUCGCAGAAGUCAGAGAGAAUGACCUUAUCGCAGCAAAUUUCGAAAAAUUGAACUCAUACAAGAACUUCAAGUGCAUCGCGCAUGAUAAGUUUUUCGAGGUGAACUUGUAUCAACAGAAUCCUACCAAUAGGCAUCACUGGCGGGCCAAUAUCGCUCGACCCGCUACAGAUAUCGAUCUGGUAUAUCGACAGAAGAAGGAAAAGUCGACGCGGGCCAUCAAAGCCGAAGAUAUGAAGCAAGAAGAUUACGGUGGUGAACCAGAACAUGGUGGUUCUUCGAGCUCUACUCUACCUGAUCCAACCUUGCAGGUCAACAAGGUAGUGUCCGAGUUGGAUAUCCCAGCUUUGAAGUCGGUUCUUCAGUUUUUACUUCCCACAGUCAAGACAAACCUUGGGUCAAACCCGCUUCUGUCUCUGCUCUCUCUUGAUUGGGUCAACACAGAACUCAGCCUUGGCCUCGAGAUCGAGGAGCUUUGGAUCUCCGAGUUAAAAGGUGAUAAUACUGCUGCGUUUAUAUGCAGUUAUAUCAAAUCAUCUACCGGCAACUUGGCUACGUACGAAGUCGCCAAAAUCGAAACCGCAGUGAGCCUCGCGAUUCGCCGCGUAAAUUUCCCUAAAGACGAGAUCCAAGGGCGGAACAAACUCCAAGGCAUUGUUGAGAAUGUCCUCAAUCUUUGUAGUGCUUCAGAUUGGGUAUCCAAAUGCCGGGAGGGAAUUCUCCGUAUGUUUACUGCGGCACCUGACGAGCGCCUUCUUGAGCUCGUUCGACGCAAAGAAGCCGAAUACGAAGACACUUGCAUAAAGAUGGCAUCAGGGGCAGAUUGUGAAGUAGGCGAUAAUGAUGUCUACAACCAGUACGACUACGGCGACGAUUACGACUACAACCCCUACGAGGCGUCCUCCCCUGACUUUGAUCAAGAUCUCACAGCAUGUGACAAAGAGUGCGGCUACUGUGGAAGGUGUCCUUAUUAAUUGCUGUGGAAAAUGGAUGGCUUGCCCAUCAUUGGAUUUCAAGGGGGCGGCACUUGAACUUGAAUGGAAUGGUUAUAUCGUCAAAUGCACAGUUUGUGGUAGCAAUUUUAGCAACCAUUUGGUAAAGGUAUGUAGUCAGAGCCAAGUAUGUGUGGGUGUAGAGAUUGGUACCAUCAAUUUUCUGUCGAGCCUACAAUACUUCAAUCACCUAUCUCAUUUUGCAAUACGAUAAUUUCUGCU